CCAAACCCCUGGGCCCCAUCCAUGGCAAGAGAGACCUUCCCCUUCACCUCCUCCACGCUGCGCUCUCUCCGCCUGCAGCAGGAGUGGCUGGAAUGGGAGGACCGGCGGCAGGCGGCUGCCCAGCAGUGCCGGAGCCGCAGGUGCCCGUCAAGUCCCCGGGCCCGACUCACUAGGCCUCACCGUUCCUGCCGAGACCCAGCUGUCCACCAUGCCCUCUUCUCCGGCAACCUGCAGCAGGUCCAAGCCCUGUUCCAAGAUGAAGAGGCCGCCAACAUGAUUGUGGAGACUGUGAGCAACCAGCUGGCCUGGUCGGCUGAACAGGGGUUCUGGGUGCUGACCCCCAAGACCAAGCAGACGGCACCCCUCGCCAUCGCUACAGCCCGAGGCUACACAGACUGUCGACACCUGAUCCGGCAGGGAGCUGAGCUGGAUGCCCGUGUCGGGGGUCGCGCUGCCUUGCAUGAGGCCUGUGCCCGGGCCCAGCUUGACUGUGUGCGGCUGCUGCUGACCUUCGGAGCCAAGGCUAAUGUGCUGACUGAGGAGGGCACGACUCCUUUGCACCUCUGCACGAUCCCCGAGUCCUUGCAGUGCGCCAAGUUGCUGCUGGAAGCAGGAGCGACGGUGAACCUGGCAGCAGGCGAGAGCCAGGAGACGCCCCUGCACGUGGCGGCGGCGCGCGGCCUGGAGCAACAUGUGGCUCUGUACCUGGAGCAUGGCGCCGACGUGGGCCUGCGCACCAGCCAGGGCGAGACUGCGCUGAACGCGGCGUGCGCUGGGGCCGAGGGCGCAGGUAGCUGCAGGCGACACCAGGCUGCGGCGCGCCGGCUCCUGGAGGCUGGAGCUGAUGCCCGGGCGGCCGGGCGCAAGCGCCACACGCCGCUGCACAACGCUUGUGCCAACGGCUGCGGGGGCCUGGCCGAGCUGCUGCUACGUUACGGGGCCCGCGCUGAGGUCCCCAAUGGGGCGGGCCACACGCCCAUGGAUUGUGCGCUGCAGGCCGUCCAGGACGCCCCCAACUGGGAGCCUGAGGUCCUUUUCGCCGCACUGCUGGACUACGGGGCGCAGCCAGUGCGCCCUGAGAUGCUGAAACACUGCGCCAACUUCCCUCGGGCCCUGGAAGUCCUGCUUAAUGCCUAUCCUUGUGUCCCAUCCUGUGAGACCUGGGUGGAGGCGGUGCUCCCAGAGCUGUGGAAGGAGCACGAAGCCUUCUACAGCUCGGCCCUGUGCAUGGUGAACCAGCCAAGGCGGCUGCAGCACCUGGCCCGACUAGCUGUGCGCGCUCGGUUGGGAAGCCGCUGCCGGCAGGGUGCCACCCGGCUGCCACUGCCCCCGCUCCUCAGGGACUACCUGCUGCUGCGUGUGGAGGGGUGCAUCCAGUGAACCCCAUGUCAGACUGUCCCAUGGUAUUUCAGUAAAUGACUGCGGAAGGAGGAACAUCCAUGAGCCUGGGGUCCAUCUAUGUGCUCCCUCCGUCCCCAAGUGAUGAAUGGUGUCUUAAACAGUGGUCACCACAUACGGUCUCUGAGGGCCCAGCCACCAACUGCCCGAAUCCCCCAACUUCUUCCUCUUGUCCCAGAGUCAAAAGUACCACAAUACAGCUUUUGGAGGAAGCUUUUCAAAGCAAGCCAGUUUUUAUGAGAGCAAAUAAAUGAUUAGUCCAUGGAACCAAAGUAUGGAUGUUGUUUGACUUAAAUGGGACAGA